CAAUGACUUUGUUUCAUGUGGAAUCAAGACACUUGUACUGAGUUACUCAGAGAUGCGGAAUUCUACUAGAAUCCUGCUUUAAUUCUUCGCAGCUAUCCAGCUUCCUCUUCGAAGAGACAACUGCAGAUUGUUUGGAAUUAUAUUUUGUCACAGUUUUGAAACAAGAAUCGUUUCAGGGAUUAACAAAAAAAGGCCUCGUGGUGACAUGCUACAAUGGAGCAGCAACAGAACCAUAACCCACAUGCUCUAGGAAUUCAGAACAACCUCCUUUAUAAACCAGGCACGGGCUAUCAGCAAGAAGCUCAGAGGCAUAUCCCAACGUAUACCUACCACAGCCGACUGGCAGAUUUCCAAAUCGAGAAGAAAAUAGGCCGGGGACAGUUCAGCGAAGUGUAUCGAGCAACUUGUCUUCACAAUGGAAAAGCAGUUGCACUAAAAAAAGUCCAGGUGUUCGAAAUGAUGGAUGCUAAAGCAAGACAAGACUGCAUCAAUGAGAUUGACCUUUUAAAGAGUGAUUCCAAGGUUCACCAACCAGCGUUUAUUAUCUGCCUGAUUCACACAUUGAAUUUUACUGCUUAUCAGAAACGAGCAGAUGAUUUCCAUCAGGACUUUUCUGAUUACUUCAAAAAGCAAAAGAGGCUAAUCCCAGAAAGAACGAUAUGGAAAUAUUUUGUGCAGCUAUGCAGCGCAGUUGAACACAUGCACUCCCGAAGGGUGAUGCACAGAGACAUCAAGCCAGCAAAUGUGUUCAUAACUGCAACAGGAGCAGUCAAGCUGGGGGACCUAGGGCUGGGACGAUUUUUCAGCUCCAAAACCACAGCAGCACACUCUUUAGUUGGAACACCAUACUAUAUGUCCCCAGAGAGAAUACAUGAAAAUGGUUAUAACUUCAAAUCAGAUAUCUGGUCACUUGGCUGUUUAUUGUAUGAGAUGGCUGCACUCCAGAGUCCAUUUUAUGGAGAUAAAAUGAAUCUCUUCUCUCUCUGUAAAAAGAUCGAACAAUGUGACUACCCACCUCUUCCAGCAGAGCACUAUUCUGAAAAGUUAAGAGAGUUGGUGAUCAUGUGCAUCAAUGCUGAACCAGAUCUUCGACCUGACAUUAGUUACAUGCAUCAGAUAGUGAAGCAGAUGCAUGGAUGGACAUCAAGCACCUGAACAUGUUAAACUGGAUGGAAAUUUACAAAAGAACAAUUAUCUCACAAUCCUGCUUGAAUAUUGUUUUAAAAAAAUGAAACACCACAGUGAAGAUUUCAAGAAAGCGGAAUUAUUAAUGGAAUAUAAUUGAGCCAUUUGAAGUUAGCAGCACUGUAAAGACUGAUACUGUUAGAUUAGCUUCCAGCAAUUGUAGGAUGGUUAAGCUCUGUUGUUUGGUCCAGUGAAAAAGAAAUUAUAAAGUCUUCAUGGUUCCAUGUUACUUUAGAAAAAUAUAUUUAUGGAUGUACUUUCUAAUUUCAUACACUUAUCUCUUUAUAAAUUACGAUAAUGUAAAGGUAAAAUACAUGAGAUUGUGCUUAGACCAAACAAAAAUCAGAACAUGCUACAGGUUUUGAUAUAUUGCUGCCAGGGUGUGGCACAAUAAAGAUCACAAACAAGAUAUGCUUAACUGGACAGAAAAAUAAAUGAUCUAUAAAUAAUAAUAAAAGUUGAUAGUUUUACUAACGUUAAUUUAGAAAGAAACAAGUCUACUUCUCUUUUCAUUUAUUUAGCAUAUUUCCACCGUGCCUGUGCACAAGACAUAAUGUCUUUGUAGGCAAUUACUCAAGUAGCAGUAUUGUAAUGAAAUUUAAUUCAUUUCUGCCUUAUCGGGACUUGACACUAUGUACCUAGACUUUACCUAAAUUACAGCAACAGAUAUUAUUUUAGCAGUGAUUUACAUAUUGUCUUGUCCUAUGGAAUAUUCUGUGUGAUCAGCUUUCAGGUAUUUAGUUGGAAACUCUAAACUUUAUAAACAUUAGCUAUUGGGAGCAGAAUUAGGCCAUUCAGCCCAUCAAGUUUGCCCCACCAUUCGAUCAUGGCUGAUCAUGAUUAAAAUUUAUUUGUGAGUUGGUGAUCAUGUGCAUUAGGAUUAGAACUUUGUGUGUUUUUAUUAUGGCCAAUAAAGCAGCAUCUGGAAAACAUGCUUCAGUAAGCCAAACUUUUUUUUUAUUACUGAACUUCUAUCUAAUGAGCUGUAUCUAGAUUUUAAAGCUAUCAUUAGCUGUUAUCCACUCUUUCAAUAAUAUUUACAGGACAAGUCCAGCUUAUUUUGUGUGGAUAAAAUCUAGAGAAUUUUACUUAGUGAUAUGAUGCAAGUGUGUUGGCAUCAGAUAUGCCAUCUAGGCUUCUGUGCUUUUCAGCCUCAGAGCAGAGUCCAUUUUUUGCUUCCUCUUUGCCAUGUCUAAACUAGUUCACUUCUAUCACUAUCAGUACGUGGUGUAGACUAUUCUGCAAUUCUUUUUGUAAUACUUUUACAUACAUUUAAAUAAAAGUAAUGUCACUUUUAA